UCCCGCGGCCAGCGGCGCAAGAUGGCCCAGGAGAACCCCAAGAUGCACAACUCGGAGAUCAGCAAGCGCCUCGGCGCGGACUGGAAGCUGCUGAGCGACGCCGAGAAGCGGCCCUUCAUCGACGAGGCCAAGCGGCUGCGGGCCGUGCACAUGAAGGAGUAUCCGGAUUACAAAUAUCGGCCCCGUCGGAAGACCAAGACCUUGCUCAAGAAGGACAAGUACUCGCUGCCCGGCAACCUGCUGGCGCCCGGCGGGGCCAGCACGGUGAGCAGCCCCGUCGGCGUGGGCCAGAGGAUUGACACUUAUGCCCACAUGAACGGCUGGACCAACGGCGCUUACUCGCUGAUGCAGGAGCCGCUGGGCUACGGGCAGCACGCGGCCGUGGGCAGCCCGCAGCUGCAGCAGAUGCACCGCUACGACAUGGGCGGCCUGCAGUACAGCCCCAUGAUGUCCUCGGCGCAGAGCUACAUGAGCGCCGCUUCCACCUACAGCAUGUCCCCGGCCUACGGGCAGCAGCCCGCGGCGCCCGUGGGCCUGAGCUCCGUGGGCUCCGUAGUGAAGUCGGAGCCCAGCUCGCCGCCGCCCGCCCUCACGUCGCACUCGCAGAGACAAAACAAAAAAGGCGAAGUUAUCGAACCACUCGUCUUCCUUUCCCCUUUCCUCGUUCUCUUCCUCCUGCGAACCGAAAAGCGGUUGCUAAAUGCCGCGUGCGGCGCCGGGGAGCCGCGCGCGGAGGGAAGCGCGACCCCUCGGAGCCCUCCUCAGCUGCCACGCAGGGGCUGCCGCUCCCGGCACUUGUUGCCUCCGCGCCUGGCCUGGACACCGAGCGCCGUGGGGAUGGUCACGGGGGCGAAACCCCCGCGGGGCCUUGUGACGGGACCCCCUGAAAAAUGA